CAAGUCACUUCUGUAUCUGUCUUUUUACUAUCAUAGUCCAGCCCUUCUCACAUGGGUAUAUUUAUUUCUACAUGGUUUAAACCACAAUACCUAACAAGCUGGUGCAUCUGUGUUUUGUUUUGUUUCCCUUGUGCUACCAGUUGAACCUUAGGGCCUCAUGGCUCUGUGGCUCUAUACUGGCAAUUUUUACAAAUGGCUGAAUUGUUCGUGUGUGUGUGUGUGUGUGUGUGUGUGUGUGCACCUGCCUUACACAUUCCAGGCAAGUGUGUUCUACUUGAGCUCCAGUGGGCUCUUUGAUUUGAUGCUGGGACACAGCAAUGACCACCUUUAUUCCUCACUUCAGUUUUAUUGCCAAGUUCCUUACUUCCAGGAGACUUUAAAGAAGGAAAUGUGCCCUGGGCAUAAAGCCUAGUCUAAGCACAGCCUACUCUUAAGCCCUUCAGAGAGCAGGGAAGGCAAAGGGAAGCAAAUUGGAAUGUUCAGCCAACGAAUUAGCACCAUAAGAUCAGGGGCCCCUCCCCUCAGCAUUUCCCAAAUUGACCUGCCGUCUAGUUCUUGCCAGGAACCUGCCUCUCUUUUGGUUUCUAAAAAACCAAGUUUAGCAAUAUUCCUGGAAACAGCCAAAGCAUUUACUGGUGGAAAGGCGGGUUAAACCUGCAAGUUGAGUGUCCCCAGUUGAAGGGGUAGUAUCUUUUCUCUGGCUUUAUCCUUUCAUCAGUGGAAAGUUUCCCAUAUGUAUGUCUGAGUGUCUCACUUCAAAACAUAGACACUGAACAAACAAAACCCUUCUGCUUACACCAUUUGUCAUCUGAAAAGAACUUCUAGAAAAUACUGACUAUUGUUUUUCUUAAAAGAGGGACUCGUCUUGACCUUCCACCUUCCCUCCUCUCCUACUUUACUACAAUGAAAUGGUUCUAUGACUAUUACUUGUGAAAUGGGUCAAUUCAGCCUCGUAUUCUUUUAUGAAACUAAGUCUGCCUAGCCUAGUGUCUGUGUCUGGUCAAAGGGCGUUUCCUGUGUCAUUGGCUUCCACGGUUUGUCUGCCUCGAGCUUUGUGAUCGGCAGGGUACAGUCUCGCCUUUUAAAUUGUCUGCUUCAUCUUUUAUCUUUCAACAGGUCCUGGAAAGAAAUCAUCUAAUAGCCUCUUUGCAGCAUCAGUUUUUGAAAGAUCUGAGGAGGCUUGUUUUAUUUUGACAGGUGGCCAGGGAAACAGGCGCUUAAAGGGUGGAGUAGAGGGAGGAGGAGCAGAGAAAUGGAAAGAGAGCAAAGGUUAGCUACUUCAUUGGGGGCAGUCUGACACAUUGGGAACAAGGUUUUUAUAUACUUUUCCUCAGUAGGACCUAAAAAGAAGAUCUGGCCAAUAAUGCCCCAUGAAACAAGACAGAUUGUGCCUAUUCUGCAAGCAUAUCUGGGCCAGUAGGCUGAGGUAUGCUGAAUGGAAACUGAUUUAGGACCUACAAGAUACAGCUGUGUAAAUUAGGUCUCUGUGAGGAACAGGGGCGAUGAAUCAUUUAAAAGGUGACCAUUUGAAGAUCUGUCCCCAGGAUUAUACAUGCUGUUCUCAAGAGAUGGAAGAGAAGUACAGCCUGCAAAGUAAAGAUGAUUUCAAAACCGUGGUCAGCGAACAGUGCAACCAUUUGCAAGCCAUCUUUGCAUCCCGUUACAAGAAGUUUGAUGAAUUCUUCAAAGAACUUCUUGAAAAUGCAGAGAAAUCCCUGAAUGAUAUGUUCGUGAAGACAUAUGGCCACUUAUACAUGCAAAAUUCAGAGCUAUUUAAAGAUCUCUUCGUUGAGUUGAAGCGCUACUAUGUGGCGGGAAAUGUGAACCUGGAAGAAAUGUUAAAUGACUUCUGGGCUCGCCUUCUGGAGCGCAUGUUUCGCCUGGUGAACUCCCAGUACCAUUUUACAGAUGAGUACUUGGAAUGUGUGAGCAAAUAUACAGAGCAGCUGAAGCCUUUUGGAGAUGUCCCUCGGAAACUGAAGCUCCAGGUUACCCGCGCAUUUGUUGCAGCCAGGACCUUCGCUCAAGGCUUAGCAGUUGCAAGGGAUGUAGUAAGCAAAGUGUCCGUGGUGAACCCCACAGCUCAGUGCACCCAUGCACUGCUGAAGAUGAUCUACUGCUCCCACUGCCGGGGCCUGGUGACUGUGAAGCCCUGUUACAACUAUUGCUCAAACAUCAUGCGAGGCUGUUUGGCCAACCAAGGAGACCUUGAUUUUGAGUGGAACAAUUUCAUAGAUGCUAUGCUGAUGGUGGCAGAGAGGCUGGAGGGUCCUUUCAACAUUGAGUCCGUUAUGGAUCCCAUCGAUGUGAAGAUUUCUGAUGCUAUCAUGAAUAUGCAGGAUAAUAGUGUUCAAGUGUCUCAGAAGGUUUUCCAAGGCUGUGGCCCUCCGAAGCCUCUCCCAGCUGGACGAAUUUCUCGCUCCAUCUCUGAAAGUGCCUUCAGUGCUCGAUUCAGACCUUAUCAUCCAGAGCAACGCCCAACCACGGCAGCUGGCACUAGUUUGGACCGACUGGUUACUGAUGUCAAGGAGAAACUGAAACAAGCUAAGAAGUUCUGGUCCUCUCUCCCAAGCACCGUUUGCAAUGAUGAGAGGAUGGCAGCAGGAAAUGAAAAUGAGGAUGACUGCUGGAAUGGCAAAGGCAAAAGCAGGUACCUGUUUGCAGUGACAGGAAAUGGAUUGGCCAACCAGGGCAACAACCCAGAAGUCCAGGUUGACACCAGCAAGCCAGACAUACUGAUCCUUCGUCAGAUCAUGGCCCUUCGGGUUAUGACCAGUAAAAUGAAGAAUGCUUACAAUGGAAAUGACGUGGACUUCUUUGACAUCAGUGAUGAGAGUAGUGGAGAGGGAAGUGGAAGCGGAUGUGAAUAUCAGCAGUGCCCUUCGGAGUUCGAGUACAACGCCACUGACCAUUCUGGGAAGAGUGCCAACGAGAAAGCUGACAGUGCCGGUGGUGCCCAUGCAGAGGCAAAGCCCUACCUCCUCGCUGCUCUCUGCAUCCUGUUUCUCGCUGUGCAGGGAGAGUGGAGAUAAUUGUCAAACUCUGAGUAAAAGCGUUCAUCAUCAGAAAGUUCAAAGGCACCAAGUUCUCACUUUUUUUUUUUUUAACCAUCCUAGUGACUUUGCUUUUUAAAUGAAUGGACAACAAUGUACAGUUUUUACUGUGUGGCCACUGGUUUAAGCAAUGUUGACUUUGUUUUGCUCAUUCAGUUUGAGGGGACAGCGGGGCCUCCUGCCUUUAAGUUUGUUCCUCCCCCUCACCUCCCCCCUCCUUUGAGACUCGUGUUCUGCGUGGCUAGCAGUGUAGGUACAGAACUGUAGUUAGUUGUGCAUUGGUGAUCUUGUUUUCUUUGUUGGCUUCUCUCAUUUUAUUUGUGGGGUUUUUCUUUUCCAAUUAUGGUCUCACCUUGUUUCUCACAAGAAAACCAGGGUCCUUUCUUGGCAUGUAACAUGUACGUAUUUCUGAAAUAUUAAAUAGCUGUACAGAAGCAGGUUUAUUUAUCAUGUUAUCUUAUUAAAAGAAAAAGCCCAAACAAGCUGGAAAAUUUCCAUUUAUCCCUGUUAUUUUAGCUGCCUUAUUGGGAGAGAAGUGGAGUUGACUUUGGGUUUUCUUCCUUUCUUUCUUUCUUUCUUUCUUUCUUUCUUUCUUUCUUUCUUUCUUUCUUUCUUUCUUUCUUUCUUUCUUUCUUUCUUUCCUUCCUUCCUUCCUUCCUUCCUUCCUUCCUUUCCUUUCUUCCCUUUCUUUUUGCUUUUUUUGUUUCUUUCUUCCUUCCUUCCUUCCUUCCUUCCUUCCUUUCUCUCUCUCUCUCUCUCUCUCUCUCUCUCUCUCUCUCUCUCUCUCUUUCUUUCUUUCUUUCUUUCUUUCUUUCUUUCUUUCAUUUAUAUUAAGUUAGGACAGAAUGUGAAGGCACAAGCAGGGUUCUGAGCCAAUUGCCAGACUGUGUUCAAACACCAGGACAAGAACAGAAUGAGACUUCAUUCAUAGUUGGAGAUUGGAAGAGACUGCAGAUCACCCCUUUUUUUUUUAUUGAGUUGAAUCACAUGUAACUUGAUUUCUUGAACCCACCCAAACUUAAAGUGGACCCCAUCCAGCAAAGUAAAGAUUCUUGAUGUAGUCUCCCUUGAAAGAAGAACGGCACUCAGGACGUCCCACUUAACCCAUGGACACGUAGGCUUGGGGAUGUUUAUUAAACACCAGAUAAGUUAGGAAGUCACAGUGUACCAAUUUUUUGUUUUAGUGCUGACACUUUCUGUUUUUUUUUUUUUUAUCCCGAUGGCAGUAGCAAGUGACCAGCGAUCUCAUUUGUUCCCCUGUGUUAGAGUGAUGCAGAUUUCUGACCUUCUGACCACUCUGGGCAGAGUGCCAUAAAAGGGAGCUGUCUGGGCUCCGUGAAUAGCUGUUAACACUCUUUUGAGCAGUUUUUGUCUAGUGUGUACAUAUUUGCAGGGUUUUUUUUUGGGGGGGGGUAUGUUUGUUUGUUUUAUAUUCCAGUUUUUAAAAUAGUAUAAGGCUAUCUACUUUGAUUUUUGUUUUUUUUUGCCUGCUCCUUUUGAUCAGUUAAAUGAAGGACUUAGAGUGGUCUGCAUCCAUUUGCUACAUAUCCCAGGCAAGGAGCCCACAGGGAAGAGAGCUGAGUGCUGAGCUCCUGCAUCUUAUCUUUUGUGGGAGAGAUGAGAAUAAGUAAAACUGGGAAGAGCACAUCUUCUCAGUGACUCUUAGCCACAUGGAUGGAGUGGCGAAGUUGUCCCAGGCCAAAGACUGUCCACUGCCUUGUCCCCUUGGAAGCCCUUUCCUUGUGUACAAAUAACCAGUCAGAAAAUCUGGAAAACAUAGCAGAUCAUUUCAAAAUGAGUUCUCAGGUCUUCAGAAAGACUACAAUCAUGCAAGUCUCUUCCUGCUCUAAAAGUCAUUUAGAUCCCAGAAUUCUACUGAACUGAAAGCCCACAAAGAGGCGGUUUCAUGUUACUAUUCAAUCUUCAGCUGUAAGAGGAAAUCUCUAUUUUUAUAUUGAAACACAAUUACUUGAUAGCUCAGGGUCUACAUUUCACUCAACUUUUUACACCAAAUUCUGAAGAAUGGUCAAAAUAAAAUAUUGGGGGCUGUUGUAAACAGAGGCUUAAUUUUAUUAGAAGUAGCCAGUUAUUUAUUAAAGCACGAUGUUAAUAAAAUAGGCAUAUUCUAGCUGGUGUGUAUAAGUGUUUGUUUUUUUUUUCUUAAAGCAAAUCACAGAGAACAUAACUCCAUUUAUAUAAGAGGGAAACUAGAUUGUAAAUAGCUGGGCUGCCUUGAGAGAACUUGGAAAAUGUGCUGAUAGUUAGAAAGUACCUCAGUUGUGAGGAAUUUCCUUUUUAGCUUAGACUGCUAUUACUUUUACUUGGUAGAAACGAAUCUGGUCUCCAAAAUAUGGCUCAAAGAGUUGUCCCUGUAGACCUUGUUAGAUUGUUUUUAAUUUAAAACCUUGAACUCUGCCCAGCUGUUUUCUUUCAGUCAAGUCCUCCAAACUAAUAACAUUUUCCGAAUUAAAUAUUCUUGAAGGUUUCUCUGGA